ACCAAGCAUGCCGUCCGAAGCACUAACGGACCCGGUCUACUCCGAAGCCACAACGCCCAAGGGUGCCGACCUCGCCCCCGCGUACGACGAAGCCGCCGAGCGCAACGUCAAGCCCAACUGGAUCCUGUACUCCAGUCUGCUCGUGGCGCUGCUGCAGCCUUUCCAGAGCGGGUGGUCGUCGUCCCAGACCAACCUCUCGCAGUACAGCAACACGGACGAGUGCAAUGCGCGUCCCGUGGCCGAGGACACCUGUCUGAUGUUCCCGGGCCACUCCAAGCUCGAGUGGACGUUCGCCGUCAAUGCUUGGAUCUUCGGCGGCAUGAUCGGCUCGCUCUGCUGCGGCCACUUCAGCGACCUGUGGGGCCGCAGGAAGCUGCUCUUCGUCAACUGCAUCUUCAUGCUCGCAGGCGCCGCCAUCCAGACGCCCGUGUCGAACGUCUGGGCGUUUGCGGUCGGCCGCAUGAUCGCGGGUAUCGCCUCGGGCACCGCCACGGGAACACUCGGCGCCUACACGAACGAGCUGUCGCCGCCGCACCUGCGCAACAUGCUCGGCAUGGGUCUGCAGAUCUCGGUGACCAUCGGCAUCCUGUUCCCGGCGAUCUGCUUCUUCUUCGCCAACACGAGCAGCGGCUGGCGCUACCUGGCGGGCUUCCCGGCCGUCCUCGCCGUGCUCUUCCUGCUGCUGGCUCCGUCCAUGUGCGUCGAGAGCCCCGCGUGGUUGCUCAUGAAGGGCCGGCGCGAGGAGGCCAAGCAGGUCAUCACUCGACUCUACGGCGAGGAGAACGUGUACCUGGCGCUGUCGUGGCUCGAGUCGUCCAGCAAGCCCGACCCGGAGCAGGCGCUCGUGAACGACUCGGCGCAGCAGGAGUCGCUCUUCUCGCCCAAGUACCGCCUGCCGCUGGCCUGCGCCAUGCUGCUCUCGUGCACGCAGCAGCUCUCGGGCAUCAACGCCGUCUUCUACUACUCCAACUCCAUCUUCGAGGACGCCGGCAUCUCGGACCCGCGCGUCGGCACGCUCAUCAUCGACUUUGUCAACAUCUGGCCGGCCUUCUUCACGGGCUUCCUGGCCAAGCGCUUCGGCAACCGGAACCUCAUCCUCUGGGGCAUCGCCGGCAUGUUCGUCAUGGCCGUGCUCAUGACCGUGGCCUUCCUCGUGGACGUCGCGGCGCUGUCCGUCGUCUUCAUGGCGCUCUACGUGAUCGCCUUCGGCGCGACGCUCGGGCCGCUCGUCUGGGUCAUCACGGCCGACCUGUUCCCGGACUCAGUGCGCGCCACCGCCACGUCCAUCGGCAUCGGCGUCAACUGGCUCUGCAACCUCAUCGUCGGCGUCGCCUACCCGUACAUCGCCGACGCCUUCGACGACUACAGCUACGUGCCGUUCGUGGUGCUGCUGGCCAUCUUCUACGCGCUGUCGCUCAAGCUCGUCCCAGAGACGUACGGCAAGUCGGCCGAGGAGGUGCAGCGCGAGUUCCAGCAGCAGCGUGGGGGCCAGUAGCGGGGCAGUCAACGGCAGCAGAAAGGUGGGGAGGCAGGCGACGAGAGGGUGGCCGUGUGCUUUGACGACUUCCGGGUCUUCGUGCCGCCGUCAUUGAGAGGCGCAGAUGUUGCAGCCUACGCUUUGAGAGUAGUGUUUUGAGAUAGUUGCUGCGUGGAUAGUGAUGAAAUGAGCGACGCAGCAGUAGUUUUGCUUUGAUUGAGAAGGCAGUUUAUCCAUUGAUAAUGCGCACAGUAUCGAUAUUGUUUUCAGGUUUGCCCAAACCUUUGGGGGGUUUAACGCGCCUUUGAUCUGCUAAAACUGUGGAAACUUCUGAUCAGUUGUGUAAAUCUAGCUAACUCGUGUUGUCUGGUGCACAGGGAUACGAGGGGGUCAAACAGCACUACAAUCCUCUCAGCGUAAAACGAUGGGUCCACACGACGAUUUAGACGUAGACGCGCUCCACCGGUGUAAGCCAGCACAGUCUCAGUACACAAUCGCAUCAAGCUUUUGGCAUUAUUGUAGUGAGGUCUCUUCUUAACUUUCUCGUCUCCAAAACAAUAUUGUUGACACUGGAUGAUUUGCAGUUGAGGAAAAUCUCGCUUUGCAACAAGAGAAGAAGCGCUUGCCGACAUAGAGCAGCCUACACACACUGUUGGCUGUGAGCGCAACAAGGAUAGCGAGGUAGCCUGGUAGGUCAGUUUAGAAUUUGCUUCGAGAAACCCUCCACGCCGCACCCCUCGGCUGGAGUUCCAUUCCCGCUUUGAAUGAACUGACUGCAGCCCCCAAGUGCGAUAUUUGAAGGUGCAAAUUUUCUGUGGUCUGAAACCCCUGUAUUCUAAAUGUGCACGUAAACCACUUCGCCAUUUCGCCAUUCCUGACAAGAAGACCCGCGUAGUCUACAGCGAACAAGAGUGUGAUGAAUACCCGCGCACCACUUUCCGCAAAGUUUAGGCGCGUACUACUGGGCUGUUUCGCACUUCAACGACUGUUGGUCACGAUAGGUGCCGCGCUCUCCGUAUUCUACAGCCCUCUCCAGUCGGCUUUCGACUCGAAUAGUCUGGGUCUGCUGCUUGGAGGUGUCGCGGUUCUACUUGUGCUGCUCGGGUGCGUCUUCUUGGCGAGGCGCACGAGUGUCGUCAAGUGGUUCUCUCUCCUGCUGCUGAGUCUUGCAGGGGUGGCGAUUUGGAUCGGCUUUGACAAGCUACUCCACACGACAAUUCGACUUUUCAACUGCAGCUUCUCACUGCUUUGGACGUUGAUACUGAUCCUAUUCGAUGCGAUUCGAGGCUGGAAGCGGACUAAAGUGCACGAUGUAAGCAUAGUACAAGUUGGUGGACCUGCGACGGCAGGGUGGAUGAAGCCGAACCGCGGGGACAGCACGCCCGAUACGUGUUUGCAGGCGUAUUUUGACGGAAGCAGUGACUUCUUGGCGAUACACAAAGAUGGUCCCGUUGCAUUCGUCAUUACGGUCAUUGUGUCCUGUGUGGUGUAUGCAGCUUACAUGUCGAAGUUUCUGUCGGGAAUGGACUUCGGCUUGUGUUUUCCAGUUUGUGCUGGUGAGUUGGUUCACUCUCGACCUCCGCCGACUGGACCGACACCUUGAAAUCAAUGAAGCUAGCCUCGGGGUCAUGUAUGUCUACAUCGACGCUGCAAUUGCGUUGGGAUAUGGUACGAUGAAUUUUACGGAGCUUGCGGUUAAAGGUGCAGUCGGUCUUGCGAUAGUUGGGAUUGCAGUAGCACUGUGCGUCCGGUUUAUCAUAAGUGGGUGCGGUGGAAACGGUAGUUGCGGCGGGUGGGGAAACUGCUGCAAGUGUAAACGCUGCUCUGAUCUUUGGUACAGCCAGUUUUAUAGCUUCACCUGCUGUGGUUACUAUUGGUCUCGGGACGACGGGUUUGCUCCCCCAUUAUGCGAUGACAGUAAGUGCCUGCUCUACAGCAAGUGCCAUAGUGAGUGGCGAUAUUCCCCAGUGAAAAGCGAAUAAUUCCCGGACGGCUACGAAUACAGCGAGUGUAAAUCCUGCGUCCUCAAAUGUAUUUCUUUGAAAAUUACAAGUGAAGACUUUCGCCAUAUGUAUCCUACCGUACCACAAAUAAAACUCAUAUUUAUCCAAAACGAAGCAUACAAAUACCAAGUCAAAUGUCAUUCUACACUUCAACGCUGAUCGCUGACGUCAACACGCAACGGCCGCAGCGACAGUCGUAUCACAAGUGCUUUUGCGUUCUACCUGCCACUCCCACCACGAUGCCUCGCAAGUACCUCAUCGGUGGCAACUGGAAAUGCGUACGCCACCCCCACCUCUAACCAUCAAACUCCACAUAACGUUGGCUCACCACCUAUUGCAUCGUCCCUUGCAGAACGGCACCAGGAGCUCCGUUCGUGACUUGGUGGCCAUCCUCAACAAGACGGCGGUGGACCCCUCCCAAGUGGACGUGGUGGUGGCCCCUCCCUCGCUGCACCUGGAGCUGGUCCAGCAGUUGCUGCAGCGCAACAUUGCCGUCUGCGCGCAGAACGUGAGUCUCACGGGGCUGGGCGCCUACACGGGGGAGAUCGCGGCCGAGCAGCUCGUGGACUUCAGGCUCUCGUGGACCAUCACGGGCCACUCGGAGCGACGCGCGUACUACGGCGAGUCGGACGAGGUCGUGGCCAAGAAGACGAAGCGCGCGCUGGAUCUCGACCUCCAAGUCAU